AUGAUCUCUGGUUCAAUAUCUGCUCCAUAUAUAGUUCCAUUACGUGUUGAACAAACACCUCAAUUUCUAAUUGAUACAAAUACAUUAAUUGAAAUACGUAGUGAUUCAAGCGAUGUAGAUAUAUAUUAUACAUUAGAUGGUACAAAACCGGAUGCUUUUAUCACAUUAACAACAAAACGAUCAACUAUACAAUAUAGGAAACCAUUUUAUGUUCCUAGAGAAUUUGCUCAUGGUGGUAAAGUACCAAUUAAAGCUGUGGCUGUAUCACGUAAUGGUAUACGAGAAAGUAUUGUGGUAACAAAAAUGUUUGACAUUAAAAUUGUUCCAUCGGAUCAUUUAACAUCAGAUGAAUAUGAAAAUAGAUAUUUAUAUGAAUUACAACAAGAACGAAAGGAAUUAAUGAGAAGAGUUCAUGAUGAUCAUGAUCGUAACUUACCUGAUUCAUUAUAUCAUUCAAGAAAUAAUUUACUUUCACAAGAAAAUUCACCUCAAUAUAUAAAUGUCGAUUCACAAAAACCACCAGAAGUUUUACAAUGUGCUCAUUGUUUUGCACCUAAAAUGACUGAUGCAUAUACACGAUUUUGUACAUCAUGUGGUCGACCAUGGAAAAAAUUAACACAAAUUCUACCAGAGAAUCAUUCAGUGAAUACUUGUGCAAAUUGUAAAUCUACAAUUCCAUUUAAUUCUGAAAAAUGUGCUGUUUGUGAAACAUCAGGAUUAUCUGAACCUCCACAAAGACCAAAAGUUCAAAAUCAGACUACAAUUAUAUGUCCUCAAUGUAAAUCAGCAAAUCCAAGACAUUUACGAGCAUGCUAUAUCUGUGAAAGUAUACUAAUCCCAACAUCAACACCUCAAAUACGAGCUUCUGUAUCUGUACCCAUACUAUCAGAUACAAUGAUGACUUGUUCGAAAUGUUUACGAGUCAAUAAUAUUGAUGCUCGAUUUUGUGAUUGGUGUGGAUCAUAUCCAGAGAAACCUUCUAUACCAGUUUCAUGUACGAAAUGUCGAGCCAAUAAUGAUCCUAAUGCUAAAUUUUGUUCAUCAUGUGGAUGUGUUAUGGAAGCACCUGUACGAGUUAUUGACUCACGAUUUAGAAAUGAUUUAUCUAUUCCAACUUCAUCAGUCAUAGCUAAUACUUUAACACGUCAUUCAGUUAAUCCAAUGUUGUUAAAUACAAAUACAACAUUUAAUAAUACUCGUCAACCAAGUUUUAUCAUAAAAAAUGAAGCGGCUACACAAACCUAUGGAAUUUAUUAUCCAAGUCCAAAAGAUGUCGAUACUUUAAUAACACAAAAUAAACAAUUACAAGAAACUCAAGAAUUUAAAGAACGAUAUCCAGUAUUAACAUCAGCUAGUCCUGGAAAAGGAUAUUGGAAACAACAAGUAGAUCAUGUAUAUGCUCAUUUAAAAGCUUAUGCAACGAAUCGACCGGAAUUUCGAUCAUUAAUUGGUGAACCUCGUAUGGGUAAAAUGGUUCAUGCAACUGUUGAGGAAACUGAAGAUCAAAUAAUAGUACGAAGCGUAUUUCGUAAGCCGGAAAAUCUUUCUCAACCAUCGUUACACAUUGAUCAAACAAAUCAACGUUAUGUUAUGAACAACGAACGUAGUUUACCAUUUUCAAGUGGUUUUAAUUCUGAUGAUGAAUAUACUAGAGAUAAAUCUCAUCGAAGUAAAGUUAGAAAACGACCGCAAUCCACUACUGUCUCUGAUACAGAUAGUCCAAAUCAUGCUUUAAUCAAAUUACUUGAAAAGAAAAGUACUCAUCAUAGUGAUAAUAAAAAAUCAUCACGGCAUAUCAAUGUAUUAGAAGAAAUUAAACGAUUAUUGAAAGAAAAAAAGGCAGAUGCAAAUGGUCGUAAUAAAGAUGGUUAUACUGCCAUUCAAUUAGCUGUACGUAAUGGACAUGUCGAAUGUUUAGAAACAUUGAUUAAAGAUGGACACGCUAAAUUAGAUAAACGCGGACCACGAGGUACUACAGCGUUACAUGAAUCUUGUUUAUUAGGAUCUGAUGGUAUUGAAUCAUUAAAAAUUCUUAUUCAACACGGAGGUGAUGUAACUUGGGUGAAUGAUAAAAAAGAAAGUGUUGUUGACUUAGCAGCAAAACAAAAUUGUCCAGAAUUAUUACAAGUUAUUUCAUCGAAUCGUGGUCAACAAAUGCUAAAUCGACAAAUAAAAAAUUACUAUGAUGAUGAUGAUGCAAGAAUUAAAACUACAAAUGGUUAUCGUUCAUCAGAAAGAUCAUAA